AUGUCUCUUGUAGCCACGAUAAUCGUUCUCUUUUUUCAAAUCAUUACAUUUUUUCUCUUUACCACCACCACAGCCUCAUCAUCACCUCUCGGCGGUAUCACCAUCGACUUAAUCCACCGUCGCUCUAACUUCUCUUUUCCUCGACCCUCUGAUACUGGUGAUGGAUCAUCUCCGUAUGCUAACACCGUCUUUGAUAAGUCCGAGUAUCUAAUGAAACUACAAAUCGGUGCUCCUCCUGUCGAGAUCGAAGCUGUCUUAGACACCGGAAGCGGCAUCAUAUGGACACAAUGCUUGCCUUGUCUCCACUGCUACGACCAAACAGCUCCCAUAUUCGACCCUUCAAAAUCCUCAACCUACAAAGAGAAACAAUGCGCCAACGAACCUGACCACGUCUGUCAUUACGAGGCUGCCUACGCAGGCGGACUCAACUCCAAAGGAACGUUCGCGACCGAGACCGUCACCAUCCAAUCAACUUCAGGAAAACCCUUUGUGAUGGCUGGAACCACCAUUGGUUGUGGCCACGACAACACAGGGGAUAUGUCCCCGGCCUCUUCGGGCAUUGUUGGUCUAGAUUGGGGAUCUUCAUCGCUCAUCUCACAGAUGGGAGGAAACUACCCCGGUCUUUUCUCUUACUGCUUUUCCGGUAAAGGAACUAGUAAAAUCAACUUUGGAGCUAAUGCUGUUGUGGCGGGAGGUACCGUAGCAACCACUAUCUAUAGAAAGAAUGGUAAAAACUUCUAUUACCUUAACCUAGACGCGAUCAGCGUUGGGAAUUCUAGGAUUGAGACGUUAGGGACACCGUUUCACUCAUCAGACGGAAACAUAAUCAUAGACUCUGGAACCACUAACACAUACUUGCCCGAGAGCUACUGCAACAUGGUGAAGGAUGCUGUUAGUAACGCUGUGAAAGCUGAACCAGCACCUUUUACGGGUGAUCUGCUUUGCUACACUACCAACGACAUAAAGAUGUUUCCGGCGAUCACGAUGCAUUUCUCGGGAGGUGCUGAUCUUGCGUUGGAUAAUUACAAUAUGUAUGUGGAGAAUGGAGGAGGAGUGACUUGUUUGGGGAUUGUCUGUGGUGGUCCAAAUGAUGAUGCAUUCUUUGGAAACAGAGCACAGAACAAUUGGUUGAUUGGUUAUGAUACUUCUUCAGAGGUUAUUUCUUUUAAGUCCACCGAUUGUUCUGCAUUGUACGGUUAA